AUGCCACCAACUAUGCACCCGAUGCCGGGCGGCAUGCUAAGUAACCAGAAGGCUUUGAGCCAACCUGGCAGGCUGCACUUGACCCUCAGCCGGGGCGGCAUACCGGCAUUCGAGUUCACACACUCGGAAGGCAUCCGAGACAAAGUGGCUGGGCUGCCCCCAAACUUCCUCUGUGUCAACAAGUACGAUCAGAGUGAAUUGAGAAACAGCCAGCAAGAUGCGAUGGACAUCUACAACGACAACGAGGCCAAGACCGAAGGUAACGACCCGGAAGACGACGGAGUCUGGGACGCCUGGUACCGAUGGCUGUGUCGGGAAUGCAACAAGGACCAGCAGGCCUGGAAUUCCAUCUUCACCUACAUGUCCGAGACCCGCAUCGAGCUCAUCGUCGAGACGAUGGACAACGAGCCCUGGAUGGUUUUUGAGGGCGGCGAGUGGAAGGAGAAGAGUGUCCCCGCUGCUCGCUCCUCGACUGGAAUAGGGCCCCCGCCGAGACCCCUGACCGUUAGCAACUCACGGCCGCAGAGGAGCUCCAGCCUCCGGAACGAGAUCAAGCCAGAAGACGACCAGGGAAAGUAA